AUGGCCACGAUGAAACCGCCGUGUUACACUGUGGAGAUAAACAACUUCUCCCAAAGGAAUGCUCCAGUAUGGACGAAUCUGUUCAGAAGCUACUCCUGCAACUGGUAUGUUACCGUGUAUCCCAAGGGAAACGGUAUUGAUACACACUUGUCUCUGUACCUAGAAGUUGCAAAUCCUCUCUCACUGUCUCAAGGAUGGAGGAGAUUUGCCACGUUUCGCUUCGUUGUGGUGAACCACUCUGACGUCGUCAAGGCCAAACGUCUAGUAACUACUCAGACAUUCUGGGAAAAAAGACCAAACUGGGGUUUCAAAAAGGCCUUGCGUCUUACCAAACUUCAAGAGAAUGGAUAUCUUGUGGACGACAAACUCAAAAUUGAAGUUUACAUAUCUGUCAGUGAUGUCUGUGGUAGACUAGAUUCACGUGUGUUACCCGAAAAGAAGAACGAGACAGUGUGUGUCAAUGGCUUCCAAGUUCUUCAUUCACAAGUAACGUCAGCAAAUUGGAUAUUUGAUACUUACCCAGAAACUGCUUUGUAUAUUCGACCACAAGAUCCACAACUUAAGACAGCAUACAUGAACAUUCUGCUCAGAAUCUACGAGACACUCUAUCACAGUUUUCUGGAGAAGCUCACCGAUGCUGAGCUACGUAACCUUUCCAAGGGUUUGCUUGAUCUGACACAAGCUGGUUUUAAGCUGGAAUGGUUGAGGGAAAAGCUUGAGAAGGUUUCCGUGGAGAGGAAGAAACUCUUUGAUUAUGAAGCUCAUGCUCUAGAUCUUGAAAAAGAGUUGAAAAUGUAG